UCUCUCUUCUUUGCUCUACGUCUUAAAUUUACGUUUUUCUCCUCGUGCAUUCACUUAUAUUCCUCUUCGUUUAAUUUGAUGUGGCUUUGGGUUCUGCUUGUCUUGUAUUGAAGGCUUGAAGCUUUAAGCGUUAGAUUUUUUUAGGGGCGUUUGAUGGAUCGGGAAGGAGGAGGAUCCAACGGUGGAUCUUGCUACUACUCGAUUCUAGGGAUUCGGAGGGACGCCUCCUUCUGUGAUGUACGCGCUGCUUACCGCAAGCUUGCCAUGAAGUGGCACCCGGACAAAUGGGCUCGGAACCCUGCGAUCGCCGGAGAAGCCAAACGGCGGUUUCAGCAAAUCCAGGAAGCUUACUCGGUUCUUUCCGAUCAGUCUAAAAGGUCAAUGUACGAUGCCGGCUUCUAUGACCCUUUAGAGGAAGAUGACAAAGAAUUCUGUGAUUUCAUGCAAGAAAUGAUUUCAAUGAUGAACGAUGUCAAAGACGAGGGGGACAGUUUGGAGGACCUACAAAAGAUGUUCGUGGAGAUGGUGGGUGGGGAUGGGAUGAGCUUUGACUUGAACCAGGAUCAGACGGCGGCCAAGAGAGGACGCUGCGGUGGAUCAAGAGGCAACGCCGCCAAGCGCACCAACUCUUGCUGUUAGUGCGAUGUACUGGAUCCAUAUUGUAAUUUGAAACUUUUUUCUUAUUUGAAAUUUGAUUAUGGAAAUGAAAUCCCUGUCGGCUUUAGAGUUAGGUUAACUUAAAAAAAAAAAAAAAAAAAAAUCAGCUGCGUAGACUAUGGGUUUUAGUUAUGUAACAAUGGACCAAUUGCAAGUAAACCACCGUCUGCAUAUUUUUCUCUUUUGGAAAAAU